CAUUGCGAGUCCUUUCCUGGUUCUGCAACAUUAAACAUGUUAUUGAAUAACUUACAUUUUGAUGUUGAUUUUGUCACCAACAAAGAGAAGUUUCAAUGUCAAUGUCUUUCCCACAUCCGUUGAGAGCCUUCUCAGUGGGAGCUCAAGCAAGCACACGUUUAGCAGAGAAAAUAGCAGAUGAUCCUCCAACCAAUAAAACGCCUCAGAGCAUGGUUACCUGUGUGUACCAGAUGCAUAUAUCUGCAUGUUGGUGUAAUGUUACAGUUCUAUGGUGCAAGAACCUCAUGAAUCAUUCCCUCAAUCUCAUCUUCAAUAACCCUGAUGGUGGUGAAAUCUAUUACAGUUGCAAGAUUGAACUUAAACCAUGGCUUUUCUGGAGCAAAAAAGGGAGCAAGUCAUUUGAGCUCGAAGGAUGCCAUGUUGAUGUCCAUUGGGAUUUACGUUCUGCAAGAUUUUCUGGCAGCCCCGAGCCGAGCAGCGAUUAUUAUGUUGCUUUAGUUUCGGAGGGAGAAGUUGUAUUAAUGUUGGGAGAUUACAAGAAGAAGGCUUACAAGAGAACAAAAGCAAGACCUGCUCUUGUGGAUCCUACCUUAUUUUACAAGAAGGAAAAUGUAUUUGCCAAGAAAUCAUUCUCUACUAGAGCUAAAUUCGACGAAAGGAAACAAGAACAUGAAAUUGUUGUAGAAAGUUCAACGACAGGACCUAAAGACCCUGAGAUGUGGAUUAGCGUAGAUGGAAUUGUGGUGAUUCAUGUUAAGAACUUGCAGUGGAAAUUCAGAGGGAACCAAAGUGUGAUGGUUGAUAAGCAACAGGUGCAAGUUUUGUGGGAUGUUCAUGAUUGGUUGUUUAAUAGCCCUGGAGCAGGUCAUGGUUUGUUUAUAUUUAAACCAGGGGCACCGGAGCCUGAUGAUGACCAAGAUUGCAGUCCUCACGGUACCGGUAGUGAUGCCAGCGACAUGAGCAAAUAUUUUUCAACGAGAAGCAAUGCAACACCUGAAUUCUGCCUUUUUCUUUAUGCAUGGAAGAUGGAGUGAACCUUAGUCCAUGCGCGUGGCAAUGGCUAGGAUGAGAAUAAACUUUGUGCAUAGCCAUUCACAAUUCUCAUUGCCUGGAGAUUUUUCAUGCCAGUAGAAUUUAAGUUGUAAAAUCUGUUGCUUCCAUGGGCCUGAACCCCUUUAUGAUGUGUAUUACAUUCAUUAUAUUUGCAAGAUCCAUUGGGAAGUAUAUGGUUCACGCUCACUUUGUAGUUGUGUACCGUGCAGUUGUUGGAUAGACCUUAACAUCGUUCACAUUUGGUCAGUUUAAUCGAUGAUUUUUUCAGAAAUACAUGCAAUACACUCAGAGACCAUAUCUGGUUUCGUUGACGGUUCCUCAUAAAACCAACUAAAAUCCCUUUUUGUGCAUCACGAUUCUCAUAAAUACAGUACAUCUCAUAUGCAAUAAACACUGAUUUUCCACAAACCAUUAUUACUGCUUGACAUGAUUGCAG